CGGCGCGCCGCCAGAGUCACCUCAAAUCGCGCCGGUCGUCCAGGCCAGAGGCAGGUGGCGACGGGUCGUGCGUCGAGUGCCGCGCUGGUCAGUGUCAGUUGCGCUCGCACGGACCCGCUGGACGGACGUCUCUGCCAUGGCGCUCGGCUCAAGAGGAGGGGACGUGGCCGCCGAGAAGGCCGCCAGUCUGGAGCGGGUUACAGUGGACCCGGCGGCGGCGGCGGCGGCGGCUGAGGAGAGUGCCGCCCCGGCGCGCCGGUCCUGCUGUCCGCUGGGCCGGGUGCUGACACUGCUCACGCUGGCCGCCUGCUGUCUCUGUCUGGGUUUUGUGGAGCUGCACAGGCUGCGACAAGGCGCCGAGCUGCAGAGGCAGCUGGCGCAGCUGCAGAUGAGGCUCGACCGGCUCGAGAGCGAGGCGCCCGACGGGCCGCGGCUCGACGAGGCGACAGACGGCGGCGGCGACGAAUCAGCCCUCCUCCGCUCACGACGGUCGGUGGGAGACCCACUGCGCACCAUCGACGGCGUGCCCAUCCUUGACGAGCCGUACGGUCUCCGGAGUGGGACCCCCAGCCAGGGCCUUAGUCUGUACGGCACCCUCCAGGCGCAGCGCGAGGGACCGCCGCCGACCGAUGACCCCCAGGUCGACGACCCCUCCAUCCGGGCCCACCACAGAAGCAGUGCCGCAUACCAGGUGCGGUUCGGCCGGGUCAACACGGACGCGCCCGCGGCCUCCGGCGACGACAGGUCACCGGGCGGCGCCGCGUCGGCCCCGACGGGCCGGCGAGCCGUCGCGCCCGGAGAGCUGCACCGCCGCUCCCGGGUAAGGAACACGAGUCGCGAGCGAGGCGAGGGAGCAGGAACGAAGGCGUACGAGCUGACCCGAGCGGCCGCUGGCGGGCGCCGCUCCGAGGGGGGCGGCCGGGCCAACGAAACUGGGAAUCGACAGGCGGCGCCAGUUCUGGAAGCGCGCGGCUCGCCCACCGCCUUCGUGCCCGGCCUGCACGGAGGAGCGAAGCCGCACCAGCAGCAGGCGGCGACCGGCUGCGUCGCUGCGCACUUCGAGGGACAUGUGUCACAGCUCAGCCGCAAGACGUCCUCCUAUGGCGGUAGUGAAGGGAACGGCCGGCUGAGGAACGCCAACCCCGACGGCAUGUUCGCCAACUGGCGGCCUGCCGACUGGAUGGAAGAACAGCGGUGUGACGAAAGCUUCCAGCUGUACGGUGGCCAGGUCACCGUCACAACGCCGGGGCUCUACUAUUUGUACGCACAGAUAAACUAUUUAGAAGACAACGACAUCAACGCGUUCGAGAUCCAGGUGAACGCCCGCUCCGUGGCCAAGUGCAUCGCAAUGGAGGCCAGCGACCUCGAGGAGAAGAUCAACACAUGUCACACGGGCGCCGUCACCUACCUAGGGCCGGGCGACGCCGUGAGCAUCCGGGACCUGGAGCCGAACCGGUACUCGAUACUGCUCUGGGACCGCAGCUUCUUUGGCCUGGUGCGGCUCUCCUCAUCAGGGUGAGCGGCCGCCGGUCACCGCCGGGGUCACUCGGGCAUCCUCCGGCCAGCAGGGGCCGGCGCGGCGCCCGCGCAGCGCUGCGGUCCAUCCCACCCGACCGGGAGACGGCCGGCACCUGUCCGGACGUGUGCGGCCGACGGAGCCAUCGACUGUUACGUCACCGACGCUCACCGACGGCGGCGGCUGGACCCGGACCCGGAACCCGGCCGCGAUGGCGCCACUCCGGAGUGGCGAGCGCUGCCGCCGGUCACCGCCGGUCGCCGGACGUUGGGUCAGGUCCGGGUCGCUCUCCCGGUGAAUUCUGCGAGGCCAAACUCAGAGUGAUGGGCGACGGACGGCCGCGUCCCUGUCGCCAUACCGUGCCGGAAAUGUAGGCGACGUUUUCCGUCGUCGACCGGCGCUGGGGAUUUUUAGCCGUCAGUGCGACCGCUCGCCAAUGUGUCACAUCGCGUCCCGUCGCCGGCCGCCGGCGGGGCCUGUCCUGCCGCCAGCGGAGGCGGCGGCGCGGCGGCUCCGGUCGGCCGGGGCAGGCCGCGACACGCCCGGCCCGGCGCUGGCCGCCGUGGGAGUGUGUGGAGAGCGUGCUGCUCCUGAGUCAUAGCGGCGAGCGGAGGCGACCGGUCCUCCACGCCCGGCCGGGCAGGCGGGCCGCGCGCGCCGGGCUGUGCAUGGGGAGCAGUAACCAGGGCAAUGUAGGCCGGCAGGCGCUUAUACCCAACAGUGAUAGUUGUAGAGUCAGGUCGGUCGCUGCGCGCGCGCGUAAGUUAUGCAUGCGAGGUGGGUUGCGCGGUGAGGACAUUUGGUGUCACCACUCAUGUGCUAGUGCUGUGUUCCUGAACUGUGAAUAUAUUGUGAUGUAAAAUAUACUCAUAACUCAUGUUCGAAA